GAGGUUGGACAUGGAGGAAUUGGUGAAGGGAGAUGAUGAGAGUGGUAAUGGAAGAUAUUGUGUAACAGGGGCAACUGGGUAUAUUGGUUCGUGGUUGGUCAAGUCUCUGCUUCAAAAAGGCUACAAGGUUCAUGCCACUCUCAGGGACCCUGGAAAGUCAUUGCAUCUGUUAUCAUCAUGGAAUGGGGGAGAUAAAUUGAGACUGUUCCAAGCUGAUUUAGAAGAAGAAGGGAGCUUUGAUGAGGCCAUAAAGGGUUGUGAUGGUGUAUUCCAUGUUGCAGCUUCUAUGCAAUUUGAUAUUCCUCACAUUGACGAACACAAUCUGGAGAGUUAUGUUCAAUCAAAGAUCAUAGAUCCUGCAAUCAAGGGUACCUUGAAUCUCCUCAAUUCUUGCUUGAAAUCCAAGUCUGUGAAAAGGGUUGUCUUUACAUCCUCCAUUAGCACCCUCACUGCCAAAGAUAGCACUGGAAAGUGGAAGCCACUCGUCGACGAAUCUUGCCAGACAACUAUUGGCAAUGUGUGGGAGACAAGAACAGUAGGAUGGGUUUAUGUGCUCUCCAAGCUUCUUACAGAACAAGCAGCAUUUAGAUUUGCAAAGGAAAAUGGCAUAGAUCUUGUUUCAGUGAUAACACCAACUGUUGCAGGACCACUUCUAACUUCUACUGUUCCAUCAAGCAUUCAAGUUUUCUUGUCACCACUAACAGGUGACCCUAAAUUUUUCUCAAUCCUGUCUGCUGUUAGUGCAAGAAUGGGGUCAAUUGCUUUAGUUCAUAUUGACGAUAUAUGCAAUGCCCACAUCUUUCUUAUGGAGCAGCCUCAAGCACAAGGUCAAUACAUUUGCUGUGCCUGCACUUCUCUUAUAUCUGACUUCACUAAUCAUCUAACUCGAGAUUUUUAUGGACAACAGAAUUUACACAAAGUGAAGGAAAUACUGACCAUCCAACCAAAAAAUAAUGGGGCUGGAGGAGAAGAGUCAAAACUUAUCCCCACCUGUGAUUUCCUCAAAGAAGCUAAGAGAUUUGGGUUUUAAUUUCAAGCAUGGCCUACAAGUUAUUAUUGGUCAAACAAUUGAAGCUUGUCUAGAACAUGGCUUUCUACCUCCAAUUACAAAGUAAUGCCUAAAAUCGUUGAAAGUACUAACUAACUUAAAUAGACUAAGCUCUGAUAAUAUCUUCUGCCUGCAAUAAAUGAGGAUCUUAGUCUAGCUUAUCUCAGUUGUACAUUAUGUUUGGUAAAAUCUUCAACGUGCAAAAAUUCUUACUCAUCAUCAAUGCUGUGACAUGAUCACCAACCAAACCAAGCAGGAUCAGCGGCAAGACUGAUCUAAAGGCGUCAAUUGAGGCACCAAGCUUAAUUGAAAUUUCCAUGUCAGUUUGAAUCAAAAAGUGAAAGUUGAGUUUUUAAUAACCAUAAGCAGUCUUAUCUAACAGCUUAAAGCAUUCUUUAUAUUUAUAUAUAGAAAGGACCCAGAAAGUAGUUACUUCUGCAGCAAGCUGGGGCCAAAAAGCAGAUUGUAGCAUAUGAUGGUUUGUUAUAGCCAUUACCAACUAAAAUAUCUAAGCAAUAAACAAGUGCUAAUUAUUUUGAGAGAAUGUUUUUCGCAGAAUGAAUGGAACUGGCUAUUUGGGUUUCAAA